AUGGAAGUGGCCAAUCAAUCCAUCGGAGCAGAAUUUGUCUUACUGGGACUGUCAGAUCACCCAAAGCUUGAGAAAACAUUCUUUGUGCUCAUUCUGCUGAUGUAUCUGGUGAUCCUGAUGGGAAAUGGGGUUCUUAUUCUGGUGACCAUCCUUGACUCUCAUCUGCACACACCCAUGUACUUCUUCCUGGGGAACCUUUCCUUCUUAGACAUUUGCUACACAACCUCUUCCAUUCCUCUAGUUUUGGAUGGCUUCCUCACUCCUAGGAAGACCAUCUCUUUCCCAGGCUGUGCUGUGCAAAUGGCACUCUCCUUUGCCAUGGGAGCCACAGAGUGUGUGCUCCUGGGCAUGAUGGCAUUUGAUCGGUACGUGGCCAUCUGCAAUCCCCUUAGGUACCCUGUGGUCAUGAGCAAGGCUGCAUAUGUGCCCAUGGCCAUCAGCUCCUGGGUGGCUGGUGGAGCCAACUCCUUGGUGCAGAUCUCUCUUGCAGUACAACUGCCCUUCUGUGGGGACAACGUCAUCAACCACUUCACUUGUGAGAUCCUGGCAGUUCUGAAGUUGGCCUGUGCUGACAUCUCCAUCAAUGUGAUCAGCAUGGGGGUGGCCAAUGUGAUCUUCCUGGGGGUUCCAGUUCUGUUCAUCUUUAUCUCCUACAUCUUCAUACUCACCACUAUCUUGAGGAUCCCCUCAGCUGAGGGGAGGAAAAAGGCCUUUUCUACUUGCUCUGCACACCUCACUGUGGUGAUCAUCUUCUACGGGACUAUUCUUUUCAUGUAUGCAAAGCCCAAAUCAAAGGACCCUCUGGGGGCAGACAAGCAGGAUGUUUCAGACAAGCUUAUCUCACUCUUUUAUGGAGUGUUGACCCCCAUGCUAAACCCCAUCAUCUACAGCCUCAGAAACAAGGACGUGAAGGUUGCUGUGAAGAACCUGGUGAAUCAGAAAUGCUUCACAAAGUGA